GCUGCCGGAAGCGGAUGAGUCUCCGGGUGGGUCAGGAGCAAACCUCCCUGACCAGUGUUCAAUGCUGGAAAAGACAAAAAUAAAGAUUCUGGAUUCUUUACUCCGCCUGACACACCUCGCACAGCGCCCGCCGAGGAGGCGCUCGGAGAAACAGCUCUGAAGCGGUUUGCUGCCCGGGGAGCAUAGCCACCCUCAGCUUGUGCGCUACCUGCCGCUGCAAUGCUCGGGAGAUUGCCACUUCCACAACUGCUUUUUGCUGCCAUCCUUGGAAUUGCUGGAGGAAUGUAUAUUUAUCAGCCAAUAUUUGAACAAUAUUCCAGAGAUCAGAAGGAAUUAAAAGAAAAGGUGAAGUUGUUGGAAGAAUCAGAAGAAAAGGGAGCUAAUUCUGCAUAAACUGAAAUUGUAAACCUUGCUUAACGUUCUAUUGAAAUCACACCGACUAUUAGUCUAGUAAGACUUUAGGUAUGCUUUAAAUAAAUAAAUCAUGGGUAAUGAAUCU